CCAGCUUCCUUCUCAGAAAGAAACCUCUAGAAAAACUUGAAAAUUAGCUCCACUCUCUCUCUCUCCCUCUACUCCCAAUUCAGAUCGUCUCCAAUUCAACUCCGAAACGAUGCCGUCUCGGAGAAGAACGCUCCUCAAGGUCAUCAUCCUCGGCGACAGCGGGGUUGGGAAGACUUCUUUGAUGAAUCAAUAUGUUAAUAAGAAGUUCAGCAAUCAAUACAAGGCGACUAUUGGAGCCGAUUUCUUGACGAAAGAAGUGCAGUUCGAAGAUAGGCUCUUCACCUUACAGAUCUGGGAUACCGCUGGUCAAGAACGGUUUCAGAGCCUUGGUGUAGCAUUUUAUCGCGGUGCUGAUUGCUGUGUUCUUGUUUAUGACGUUAAUUCGAUGAAAUCUUUUGAUAACCUUAACAACUGGAAGGAAGAAUUCCUUAUUCAGGCUAGUCCUAAUGACCCAGAAAACUUUCCAUUUGUUGUUAUUGGAAACAAGAUUGAUGUAGAUGGUGGAAAUAGUAGAGUGGUGUCGGAGAAAAAGGCUCGAGCUUGGUGUGCAUCAAAAGGAGAUAUUCCGUACUAUGAAACAUCUGCCAAGGAAGGCAUUAAUGUGGAAGAAGCUUUCCAGUGCAUAGCAAGGGAUGCUCUGAAGAGUGGAGAAGAGGAGGAGAUAUACUUGCCGGAUACCAUUGAUGUUGGAAGCAGCAGUCAGCCAAGGUCGAGUGGAUGCGAGUGUUAAAUAUUUCAACUGAAUUCUUUUCCUAUUAAAAGAAUAAGUCAUCUUUGGAAGUACAUUCGGUGCUACAUACACUGAUACUGUAUAUUACUGUUUGUGUGGGGAACAAAUUAGUCUCAUCAAUGCUUUUUCA